AUAUUAGUUUUAUCCUAAAAUCAAUUUAGACGAUCAAGAUUUGAACCAAAAAUAUUUUCAGAAGCCAAACUCAUACCCCUGCCUUCGCAACACCGUCCUCCUCCUUACAACACGACCGUCCUCAUCAUACGGUUUGAACAAUCGAAUUCAUGGCUUUAAGAACAGUUACUGAAAGGUUGGGCAGUAAAUUAUUGCCGGCGUUAUCUUCCACUUCCAGACCACUACAUUCUCAUGCCACCAGUUUUGGGUUCAAACAAGUACACGAAGAAGAAAAGGCACGCUUGGUCGGUGAUGUCUUUACGAGUGUUGCUGCAAAUUAUGACACAAUGAAUGAUCUAAUGAGUGCUGGGUUGCAUAGACUGUGGAAGGAAAGGCUAGUUUCUAUGCUGAAUCCUUUUCUUGGAAUGAAGCAUCUUGAUGUGGCUGGUGGCACAGGGGAUGUUGCUUUUAGAAUCUUGGACAACAUAAACAAAGUUAAGCAGAGUGGGAUUCGAAAUAGGUUUCAAGAUGGUUUAGAGGAAGAAACUCAGAUAUAUGUAUGUGACAUUAACCCAAACAUGUUAAAUGUUGGCAAACAACGGGCCACCGAGAAGGGUUAUGGAGAAGAUGGUUCCCUCGUAUGGGUGGAGGGAAAUGCUGAAAGCUUGAGUUUCCAAAAUGAUUCAAUGGAUGGUUACACUAUUGCAUUUGGGAUAAGGAAUGUUACACACAUUGAGAAAGUUCUUAGUGAAGCUCAUAGGGUAUUGAAACCUGGAGGCAGGUUCCUUUGCCUUGAACUAAGCCAUGUUAGCCUUCCUAUAUUUAAAGAAUUGUAUGACUUAUAUUCUUUCUCAGUUAUUCCACGCGUAGGAGAGCUGGUUGCUGGUGACCGGGAGUCUUAUCAGUACUUAGUUGAGAGUAUCCGGCGUUUUCCCCCACAGGAAAAAUUUGCAUCGAUGAUUGCCGACGCAGGGUUUCAAAAAGUGGAGUAUGAAAACCUAGUUGGGGGGGUGGUUGCCAUCCACUCAGGGCUGAAAAUCUGAUAUGAUAUUUAUGAACAUUACCCUUAAUCAUCUAAUAAUUCAUGCAUCUUUCUUAACGGUUUAUAUGCAAGUUCAUGUUGAUGCUAGAACUGGUAGACAAGAGUAUUCUUCAAAGUUCAGACGGAGAUGUGUAACUCGGAGUAGCUCUGUAUAUAUUUUAUAUUUAUCAGAAAGUAAAAUUUUAUCAAGAAGUUGAUUUCA